UCUCUCUCUCUCUCUCUCUGUCCAUAUAUAAAUAUCUCUAUCCUUCUUCAUUCCCACCAAAUCCCUUCGAAGAAUUCAACUCCCCCAUCAUCAGAUCCCCAUUUGGUUUAUCAUUUCAGAACUCAAAAGUGAUUAAAUUUUGAGAGAAACAGAGAGAGAGAGAGAGUUCUGCAGAGGGAAUUAACAUGGCGAUGGCCAAAGAAAUCAUGGGUUCUUCUAUGAUGGUGGAGAGAUCAUCGCUUCUUGCUUCGACGAGAGUGGGAUUGAACCGGUUCCGCGUCGAUCCGGUUCCGUUUCCGAAAGAGAAGAAGAGGGUGAGGUUGAGCAGGGUUCUGACGGGACCGGUGGCGGCGAUCAGUGAGGACAUGGUGAGGGCCGCGCCGGUGAGUAGCCCGCCGGGGAAGGCAGUGAAGUUCAAGGUCAGAGCCGUGGUGACGGUGAGAAACAAACACAAGGAGGACUUGAAGGAGACGCUUGUCAAGCAUUUAGAUGCCAUCGCGGAUAAGAUCGGAAGAAAUGUCGUCUUGGAGCUCGUCAGCACCGAGAUUGACCCAAAAACGAAAGAGCCCAAGAAAAGCAAGCAGGCGGUGCUGAAGGACUGGUCGGAGAAAUCGAGCUUGAAGGCGGAGCGGGUGAACUACGCGGCGGAGUUCACGGUGGACUCGAGCUUCGGGAUCCCGGGGGCGAUCACCAUGAAGAACAAGCACCAGAAGGAGUUCUUCUUGGAGAGCAUCACAGUGGAAGGCUUCGCCUGUGGUCCAGUCCACUUCCCCUGCAACUCCUGGGUGCAAUCCACCAAAGAUCAUCCCCAACAGCGGAUAUUCUUCUCCAACCAGCCAUGUCUACCGAAUGAGACGCCGGCCGGAUUGAAAGCCCUGCGAGAGGAGGAGCUGACGAACUUGAGAGGCGAUGCCAAAGGCGUGAGAAAAUUAUCGGAUAGAAUAUAUGAUUUUGACGUGUAUAAUGAUUUGGGAAAUCCUGACAAGGGAAUUGGGCUUGCCCGGCCGACCAUUGGCGGCGACAAGAUACCCUACCCUCGCCGCUGCCGCACCGGCCGCCUCCCGUCCGACACCGAUAUGAAUACAGAGAGCCGGGUAGAGAAGCCAUUGCCGAUAUACGUGCCGAGAGACGAGCAGUUCGAGGAGAGCAAGCAGAACACUUUCUCGACGGGGCGGCUGAAGGGGGUGCUGCACAACCUGGUGCCGUCGCUGAUGGCCAGCAUUUCGAAGCACAACCAGGACUUCAAGUGCUUCUCCGACAUCGACAGCCUGUACAGCGAGGGGCUGCUCCUUAAACUGGGCCUCCAAGACGAGCUCUUGAAGAAGCUGCCGCUGCCCAACGUUGUCUCCGGCAUCCAAGCAUCCACCCAAGGCAACCUCCUCAAAUACGACACUCCCAAGAUAGUUUCCAGGGAUAGAUUUGCAUGGCUGAGAGAUGACGAAUUUGCUCGGCAAGCAAUAGCUGGAGUGAACCCAGUGAAUAUAGAGAGGCUGCGAGUGUUCCCGCCGGUGAGCAAGCUUGACCCGGAGAUGUACGGGCCGCCGGAGUCGGCUCUCAAGGAAGAACACAUCGCCGGCCAUCUCAAUGGAAUGUCCCUGCAACAGGCAAUAGAAGAAAACAAGCUGUUCAUUGUGGACUACCAUGACAUUUACCUCCCAUUUGUUGACCAAAUUAACGCCCUCGACGGCCGGAAAACCUACGCCACCCGGACUGUGUUUUUCUUGACCCCAGUCGGCACCCUCAAGCCCAUUGCCAUAGAGCUCAGCCUGCCGCCGUCGGCCGGAGACAGUUCCCGGUGUAAGCGCGUGGUCGCACCGCCGGUGGACGCCACCACGAACUGGAUGUGGCAGCUUGCCAAGGCCCAUGUCUGCUCCAACGACGCCGGCGUCCACCAACUGGUGAACCACUGGCUUCGCACCCACGCCUGCAUGGAGCCGUUCAUACUGGCGGCUCACCGCCAAUUGAGUGUGAUGCACCCCAUAUUCAAGCUCCUGGACCCGCACACGAGGUACACGCUCGAGAUCAACGCCCUGGCUCGCCAGAGCCUGAUCAACGCCGACGGCGUCAUCGAGUCGUGCUUCACUCCUGGCCGCUACUGCAUGGAGAUGAGUGCUGCUGCGUACAAGAAUUCCUGGCGCUUUGAUCUGGAGGGACUCCCAGCUGACCUAAUCAGACGGGGCAUGGCUGUACCGGAUCCGAGCCAGCCACAUGGGCUGAAGCUUGUGAUUGAGGACUACCCAUAUGCUGCUGAUGGGCUUUUAAUAUGGGCCGCGAUUGAGAACUGGGUCCGAACCUAUGUGGGCCACUACUACCCUGACUCGGCCCAUAUCGCUAACGACAAGGAGCUCCUAGCCUGGUACGCCGAGUCGAUCAAGGUCGGGCACGCCGAUCAUCGCAAUGCGAGCUGGUGGCCAAAGCUAGCCACACCGGAAGACCUCGCCUCCAUCCUCACCACCGUGAUCUGGCUCGCGUCAGCUCAGCACGCCGCGCUCAACUUCGGCCAGUACCCCUACAGCGGUUACGUUCCCAACCGGCCACCGCUGAUGCGGCGACUGAUCCCCGAGGAAGCCGACCAGGAGCAUGCCAGCUUCGUGGCCGACCCACAGAGAUACUUCCUCUCAGCUUUGCCCGGCUUGUUGCAAGCCACCAAGUUCAUGGCUGUGGUGGACACGUUGUCGACUCACUCGCCGGACGAGGAGUACUUGGGCGAGAGACAGCAGCCGUCGACUUGGUCCGGCGACGCGGAGAUGGUGGAAGCGUUUUAUGGGUUCUCGGCAGAGAUCGGACGGAUAGAGAAAGAGAUAGAAAAAAGGAACGGUGAUAAGCGGCUGAGGAACAGGUGUGGAGCCGGCGUGAUUCCAUACGAGCUGCUUGCGCCGAGCUCUCCACCUGGGGUCACGUGUAGGGGUGUGCCCAAUAGCGUGUCCAUAUAAGUCAAAACAGGGCCCAGUCACAUGAGCCCAAGUCAGGCCCAUCAAAUCAUCGGUGUUAGUGCUAUUUCUGGUAGAGUAUAAUUUUUGCAUAUAUUUGCUUCUUUAGGAGUGGGUAAGUGCAUAGACUAGAGACAACUCUGAGCGUGGUAUAUUUUUGUAAAAUAGUACAAUAAAAUAUUAUUGAGUUGCAAAAAAUUACAAUUUUA